AUGAGUAAAGGACUAGCACCGAGUAAAAGUACAGUGUACAUUAGCAAUCUACCAUUCAGUUUAACCAAUAAUGAUAUUCAUCAAAUACUACAACCAUAUGGUAAGGUUGUCAGAGUAACCGUUGUUAAAGAUAAAGAAAGUCGUAAAAGCAAAGGUGUUGCUUUUGUUUUAUUCCUGGAUAGAAAUGAUGCUCGGAAUUGUGCGGACAAACUGAACAAUGCACAGAUGUUUGGUCGUACAUUGAAAGCGUCUAUUGCUCGAGAUAAUGGUCGUGCUGCUGAAUUUAUUCGUAGACGUGAAUAUCCUAACAAAUCUCGAUGCUAUGAAUGCGGUGCUUUUGGUCAUCUCAGUUAUAAAUGUGAUAAAAAUUCAUUAGGUGAACGUGAACAACCUGUAAAAAAACGGAAGAUUCGCAAGAAGACAGAGUCGCAUGCAUCUACCUCACAUAGAAGAAGACAAGAAAAUCAUGAUAGUGAUGGUCCUGGAGAUGACGAAGAUGAUGGAAAUGAUGAUAUAGAUGAUGAAUUGGAUAGUUGGAGUGCUGCUGUACAACAUCAAGCAGAACUUUUUAAUAGACAAACAUCAUCAGAAUCUGUGACAAAGAAACGAUGCAUUCGACAAAACUCAUAUUUCUCAGACGAAGAGGAUUUCGAAGAAGCAUAA